GUGGUUGCUUAAUUACAAGGGACAUUAGUACAUAAGAUAAAAAUGUCUCACUUUAUAGCAAACUGUGUCCUAAACUUUUCUGUCUGAGGUUUUUCAAACAACUGAAUCUUUUUGAAGCAAAUAAGAUACCACAAAGACAGAAACAAUGAAGGGUGAAUAUGAGUCCAAUUGCAAAGAUGAGAGUCAAAGUCAACAAACUAACACAAACACUUUGAUCAAUGAGAUUGAAGAAGAAGAUGAGAAAUUUUAUUAUUCUACUACAAGUUAUAUGUUUGAAAUGGAUCAUAAUAAUGGGGGUUUGGUCCGUUUGAACAGUACAAGAAGUGAAGGUGAAAUGGAUCAAGCCAGUUUGUUUUCCUUUGAUUUUAAUAAUAAAGGAGGAGAUAUUCAUGAUAUUGUUUAUGUUGCUGUUUGGAACAAGAAUAUUAGCCAAGAAGAAUCAAGUAUGGACGCACUGUUUUGGACUCUCAAACAUGGUGUAAUCAAUCCAAAUUCUGCCAUUGUUUUUCUUAUUCUUAUCUUCCCUCAAACCAAAUAUAUCCCUACUCCUUUGGGAAUGAUUCCAAUAAGCCAAGUGAAUGAAGAGCAAAAGGAGAAGUACAUGGCUCAAGAAAGAAGCAAGAGGAGGCAGUUCCUUAAAAAGUUUGUUGACAUCUGCACUGCUUUCAAGGUUAAAGUGGAUACAAUUCUUAUAGAGAGUGACAUGGAAGGCAAAGCUAUACUGGAUCUUAUUCCUAUCUGCAACAUAAGAAAGCUGAUUCUUGGUACUUCUAAAGCCAAUAUCAAGAAAAUGAUGUCAAGAAGAGGUAAUGGGACGGCUUAUCAGAUAUUGCAAAAUGCACCAGAGUUCUGUGAGGUUAAGAUCAUAUGUGAAGGCAAGGAAAUUGUAGAGCUACAGAUGUUUGAAUCUCUAUCUCUCAGAUCAAAUUCCAUUGGCAGCCCAAAGUCAAGUGAUGGCCAAAGCCAAAAUCUGGAUCAAGAAUCCCAAAAUGAAUCCAAUAGAUGUAAAGGAUGUUUCAGAGCUAAGGUCAUGCCUUAGAUCUAUAGCUCAUAGUGUCCUACCAAUGACUUGAAGGAUGUAAAUUUCUAUCACCAAAUAACUGGUUUACACACAAGUAUAGUAUUUCAGUUUAUCUAUUUACAUAAAAAUAAGUCUUUUUAGUAAUUUUGG